UACGAGGCGGACGUGUGCCGCUUGCUCCGUAAAUUCUCUGCAAUAGACUCAAGCAAAAUCCGUGUAUCUAACUAGGCAAAAUCUCAUCCAUAAAGUUUAAAGUCGCAUGCGCUGUGGUGCAUCGAUCCUAGCGACUCAGUUAUAUUGUGCAGUGACAGUGACAGUUCGCGGACACGCUCAGCGAGCGGGGUGCCCCCUCGCCUCACCGCAUAGACCUGAGACCUCUCAACUAUAAUUGCUCUCUCUUUCUUACUACGUGCGCCCACAAAAUGAAGACUUGCUCGGCGUGUAAUUUAGACGUAAACAAUGAGGACUACAUUGAAUGCUCGAAAUGCGACGGAGUUUAUCACCUCUUGUGUCUCAAUGUGCAGCAAGGUCUUACUCCUGAUGCGACCACGAAGUGGCUGUGCCCACUAUGCAUGAGUAAACAACCGAAAGUCGACAAUUCUGCACAUCCUGCACGCCCGUCUACACCUACGGCGCAGGCUGAGAUAUCGUUCAACGUCACUCGACGCAAAGCACCAGGCAAGUCGGAGUUAAGUGUUUCAACAAACAAAGAUGACUACAUACGACGGUCCGAGCUCAGAGAACUGCUGCGUGAAGAAAUGCUAAACCUCAUGAAGACAAAUAAUGCUGAACUAAGGUCCACCCUCAGCACAUUUUCUGAGAGAAUUACUAACCUCAAUACGUCAAUCGAGUUUAUGAGUGAUAAGUUUGACAAAAUGACCGAGGGACUUCAGCAACAACAACAAGAAAUAAUCAUUCUAAAGAAAGAAAACGCUUGUCUACGCACAGAAGUGAACAGUCUCAGCAGUAAAUUACACCAAUUGGACCAACUAUCGCGCGCCUCGACCUUAGAAAUACAAUGUGUUCCCGACAAAAAAACUGAGAAUGUUCUGCAAAUUGUCAAACAGCUGGGGCGCACCGUUAACUGCACUAUUAAUGACCAAGACAUACACUACUGCUCUCGGAUAGCCAAGAUUAACCCCAACAGCACUAGACCACGCUCAAUUAUUGCUAAACUCAGUUCACCUAGACUGCGUGACACCGUGUUGUCUGCGGUCUCACGAUACAACAAGGAAAACCCGCAGAACAAGCUAAGCACAGCGGAUUUUGGCUUCAACCCCGAGAAUAAGACACCUGUUUUUGUUUUGGAAAGCCUGUCCUACGAGAAUAAGCAACUUCAUGCCGCUGCCAGGCAACGCGGCAAGGAGUUAAACUUCAAGUUUGUGUGGGUUCGUGCGGGAAGAAUCUAUAUGAGAAAAAACGAAACAAGUGAAGCUAUCUUUAUCCGUAACGCCUCUGCACUUGAUAAAAUACAGUGACUCUUGCUAACUAUUGUU